UAUCCUCCCACCUCCCUUUUUGAACCCCCACAGCCCUCCAUCUGGAGUUUUUGUAUUAUUAUUAUUAUUAUUAUUUAUUUUUUUGGCAGGGGGCACUAUCUCUUCCCCCCCGCCCCCCACCCCCCUGGCUCUGUUAGUAACUCCCCACCCCCUCUACACCCUGGUUCACUGCUUGACCAGAUGAAGCCCCCUGACGUUUGCAACAGCGUCCAGAGCCAGGCCACCAGCCAGUGCCAAUCUCAGAACAGAAUCGUGUGAGAAACGGCCCAGUAAAUCCUGGCUUGGAGAUUCAUGCAGAUGAAGACUAGAAUAUUAGGGACUUUUUUAUAUCUUAUUAAAGAUAAACUUUUUUUUUUUUUUUUAAAUCAAUAUUUUUUUUGAAGACGAGUAGUUUUGCACAUUUUUUAUUGAUAUUCUUUUUAUAAAUACCUUCCUCAAUUUAAAAAAAUAUAUAUUUAUAUAUACAUGAUAGGGUAGUGACAUCUUCAUGCUCUCAUACCCAUCCUUACCCCAACCCCCACCCUCAAAGCCUUGUGCUUUUACCCCAUCCUGACCUCUAUCAGGUCCUCUCCUCAGGAAGAAAGGCUGUACUCCUGCCGUUUAGGCUUCUAUGCAGACCUCUCCUCUUACCAAAAUUUCAGCUGGCUGCCAGCGAUGCAGUGUUCUUUGGAGGGAAUAAAGCUGGCUCGGUCUUUGCCGAACCAAUGGACUGGCGGAGUUAGUGGUAUUUGCUAUGCACCAAUAAUAAGAUGGCUUCCAACUUGCCCCCCUGUCUGCCAUUCACCCGUACAAUCCGCUCCGAUUGGGAAGAAAGACCCAUUCCACCAAAAAAAUUUUUGAAUGAAAAGCCUUACUCUCCUGAUGACUUAGUGAAUUUAUGCUUCUCGCAGUUUUGAAAUGAGAGAAGAAUUGUCCCUCUUAGCUUGCUGUAGCGCCCAUGAGCCACCCCUGUGUUGGGUCCACCUGCGGUGACAUUGCGGACGGGGACGUGCUGCGAGGGGUCACAGUGCGUGCCCCUCGCCGUGGGGUUGGAUGCCACCUUAUUGGUUUGAGAGGGGGAGGGGGUCGUGGGGCGAGGCAGGAAGGGGAGCGGCCAGCGUCCACCCUCCGGCCCCACCCACCCCUCCCCCGCGCGCCCGCUCAGGUCACGUGGAGUUGCGCGCGCAGUGAGCUGCUUGCCUGACCCCCUCAGCCGUACACACACACACACAAGCGUUCUGUCACGCACUUGGGGAGGGUCACCCACUCGGUCAAAUCGGUCUUCGACCCAGUGGAUUGUCACAGCAUAGUUUGAUAUAAAUACCAGCCUAUAUCUUAAGAAUCCUAUGGCAGCGCAGCGUAGUUGGCUGUUUGUCGGUCUAUCUGUGUGUCCGCACACAAUGGUUGGUCAUUUAACUGGCAUUUGAGCACCUCAAAAACAAGUUUUGCCCUCCCCACUUCGGCUGUGCCAGGCAGGUAACUCCCACUAUGCGCUCCACCGCAAGCGACAGAUGCUGGGCUAGAAAGAGAGAACCCACCUGCGCGCCACAAGCAUUGACCUCUUUAUUUCAGAGCUGUGGAGGCUUCUAGAAUACAAAGAACAUAAACCCCUCCCACCCCCCAGGCUUCUCUCUUCUCCCAUUGGCCAGGAUUCAGGAAAUGCAGGACAGGAUAAAGAAUCACAAUGUAUGUACAAUUAUGAUUAGUUCUUUUUUAAGUAUUGCUUUUGAAAGAAAAAGAGAAGGAACAAUGAGGUAAAAUUAACCUGCAGAUAAGAGCUUGAAGAAUGAAUGGAUUGAUAUUCCCCCCCUUUAUGUCUUUUAACUAUGCAAUGAUUUGGGAACAUACCCAAAGCAAUGUGAUCAGGUCAAGGGGGAAGACCAAGCCAGUUGGCCUCCCUCAUUUUCUUUCAAUUGGAACAAUAAUUUUGAAAAUAAAUUAUGUUAUUUAAGUAAACAUAGUCCAAAGCCUUUCUUCUCUCCUGCUCUAGUCCUUCCUUUGCGAACUUUUUCUCCCCCUUAUCGCAGACAUUUUAAAUGUAUUUGCAUGAGUAUAAGAUAUGGACUAAGCUUAGGAUGGCUUAUUUUCAUUUCAAGUUGUAUAUUUUUUUUUAUAUAUAUAUAUAUAUAUUUAUUUUGGUGUGUGUGUGCGUGUGUGUUUUUUUUUUUUUUUUUGUACAUCCAUUUAAAAAAAGAAAAGAAAAAACACAAAAAAAUGUUAAUAAAUUGUCAACUUUUACUAACGAUCUUUUCUUCUUAUUUUGUCUCUUUUGGUUUCCACGACUGAUAUUGUUAUUUAGAAGGUUUCAGGUGUGGUGGCCUCUUCCUCCAGCUCAGGGGUGGUGCUCCGGAGCGUCAGUAGGCCACCAACAGCCCUCACCUCCCCCCACUGCAGCGGCUGCCCAUGACACAGUCCCAAAAUAUGGCGUGCUAUCUGAAGGCUAUUGAGACCCAGCCCAACUUUGCCGUAGCUUGGAGUAACCUGGGCUGUGUGUUCAACGCCCAGGGAGAGAUCUGGUUGGCUAUACAUCACUUUGAGAAGGCUGUAACUCUUGAUCCUAACUUCUUGGAUGCCUACAUUAACUUGGGAAAUGUCUUGAAAGAGGCUCGUAUAUUUGAUAGAGCUGUUGCUGGCUACCUGCGGGCCCUCAGCCUGAGCCCCAACCAUGCGGUGGUCCAUGGCAACCUGGCAUGUGUGUACUACGAGCAGGGUCUGAUCGACCUGGCCAUCGACACUUACCGCAGGGCCAUCGAGCUGCAGCCACAUUUCCCAGAUGCCUACUGCAACCUGGCCAAUGCUCUUAAAGAGAAGGGCAAUGUGUCUGAAGCAGAGGAAUGCUACAACACAGCCUUGCGCUUAUGCCCAACCCACGCUGAUUCCCUCAACAAUCUGGCCAACAUCAAGCGUGAGCAGGGCAACAUUGAGGAGGCAGUGCAGCUCUACAGGAAGGCCCUGGAGGUGUUCCCAGAGUUUGCUGCAGCCCACUCCAACCUGGCCAGUGUGCUCCAGCAGCAGGGUAAGCUGCAGGAGGCACUGAUGCACUACAAGGAGGCCAUCAGGAUCAGCCCCACGUUUGCGGACGCCUACUCCAACAUGGGCAACACCCUGAAGGAGAUGCAGGACGUGCAGGGAGCGCUGCAGUGCUACACACGUGCCAUCCAGAUCAACCCCGCCUUCGCUGACGCACACAGCAACCUGGCCUCCAUCCACAAGGACUCUGGCAACAUCCCAGAGGCCAUUGCGUCGUACCGCACGGCGCUGAAGCUGAAACCUGACUUCCCUGAUGCCUACUGCAACCUGGCCCACUGCCUGCAGAUUGUGUGUGACUGGACCGAUUACGAUGAGCGCAUGAAGAAGCUGGUGAGCAUCGUGGCGGACCAGCUGGACAAGAACCGGCUGCCCUCGGUGCACCCCCACCACAGCAUGCUCUACCCACUAUCGCACGGCUUCCGCAAGGCCAUCGCAGAACGUCACGGCAACCUCUGCCUCGACAAGAUUAAUGCUCUGCACAAGCCACCCUACGAGCACCCCAAGGACCUGAAGGCCAGCAACGGCCGCCUGAGACUGGGCUACGUCAGCUCUGACUUCGGCAACCACCCCACCUCUCACCUCAUGCAGUCCAUCCCCGGCAUGCACAACCCUGAGAAGUUUGAGGUCUUCUGCUAUGCCCUGAGCCCUGAUGACAGCACUAACUUCAGAGUCAAAGUUAUGGCCGAGACCAACCACUUCACAGACCUCUCCCAGAUUCCAUGCAAUGGAAAAGCAGCUGACCGCAUCCACCAGGAUGGAAUCCACAUCCUCGUCAACAUGAAUGGCUACACCAAAGGAGCCCGUAACGAGCUCUUCGCCCUGCGCCCAGCUCCCAUCCAGGCCAUGUGGCUGGGCUACCCUGGCACCAGCGGCGCCCCCUUCAUGGAUUACAUCGUCACAGACAAGGACACUUCUCCACUGGAGGUGGCUGAGCAGUACUCGGAGAAGCUGGCCUACAUGCCCAACACCUUCUUCAUCGGCGACCACGCCAACAUGUUCCCACACCUCAAGAAAAAGGCUGUUAUUGACUUCAAGUCCAAUGGUCACAUCUUCGACAACCGCAUUGUGCUGAACGGCAUUGAUCUGAAGGCCUUCCUGGACAGUCUGCCUGAUGUCAAAGUAGUCAAGCAGAUGGAGUGUGAUGGCCAGGAAACCACAGACAACAACGCUGCCAUCUCUAUGCCGGUCAUCCCCAUGAACACCGCAGCCGAGGCAAUCAUCAACAUGAUCAACCAGGGACAGAUCCAAGUCACUAUCAACGGCUUCACCGUCAGCAAUGGCCUGGCCACUACACAGAUCAACAACAAGGCAGCCACUGGAGAGGAGGUGCCACGCACCAUCACCGUGACGACACGCUCCCAGUACGGCCUUCCGGAAGACUCGAUCGUCUACUGCAACUUCAACCAGCUCUACAAGAUUGACCCACCGACCCUGCAGAUGUGGGCCAAUAUCCUGAAGCGCGUGCCCAACAGUGUCCUGUGGCUGCUGCGCUUCCCUGCGGUUGGCGAGCCCAACAUCCAGCAGUACGCCCAGAACAUGGGCCUGCCGGCCGCACGCAUCAUCUUCUCGCCCGUGGCACCCAAGGAGGAGCACGUCAGGCGUGGGCAGCUGGCCGACGUCUGCUUGGACACGCCCCUCUGCAACGGACACACCACCGGCAUGGACGUGCUGUGGGCCGGCACCCCCAUGGUCACCAUGCCUGGAGAGACUCUUGCGUCGCGCGUGGCUGCUUCCCAGCUCACCUGUCUGGGCUGCCUAGAGCUCAUCGCUCAGAGUCGACAGGAGUACGAGGACGUGGCCGUAAAACUGGGCACAGACAUGGAAUACCUGAAGAAGGUGCGUGGCCGCGUAUGGAAGCAGCGAGCGUGCAGCCCGCUGUUCAACACCAAGCAGUACACCACAGACCUGGAGAAGCUCUACCUGCAGAUGUGGGAGCACCACAGCAUCGGGAACAAACCCGAGCACAUGGUGACGUCGCAGCCCAUCGAGGCGUCGGAGACCGCCUGAGCUAGCCCCACCACCAGCCCAGUCCCAGUCCCGUCCCCACCCCCCAGUGCUAAAGCGCUAAUGCACCCCCCUGAAAAACCAUGCGCUCAGACCUCCUCCCUUCUGCACCCCCCCCCCUCCCAUCUUCCCAGGGACUCUAUGGAGCCUGUAGGUGGAACUGAGACAUACUCUCACACACACCACCACCUCUGAAUGAAAUCAGGUCCUUUAACAUGCGCCACAUCCCACACACCGAUGAAUCCCCUUUGCCCACCAUAAGACAGUGAGGAGAGUUGAACCCCACAUGCCUCAUACCCUCCCGAAGCUAACGACACAAUCAGUCUGGUAAUGCUCCUUGUUGUGUGUGUGUGUGUAUAUGCGUGUGUGUGUGUGAGAGAGGGGUGUGUGUGUGGGGGAUAGUGACAUGGACCACCCAAGGCAAACGGAGGCAAAUUUUGUUAGACAAUUUUUUUUUUUGUUAUUGUUUGUUUUCUGUCUCUUUUCUUUUUGAAAGAAGGGUCAGAGCAAAAGGGACUAUUCUUCGCCUAAGACAGCUUAUAAUCAGUACAAGAACAUUUUCAAAUCAGCUUUAACUCUAUAGUUUGCAGCUUUUUUUUUUUUCUGCAAUCCCUCACUUUUUCAAGGUGAAGUGGAAUGAUUUAUUUGUUUAUUUGCUGUCUUGGGUGAUUAGUUGGGGAGAAAUGUACUUAGAUGGAAAAUUAUAUUUACCAAAUGCCAAGUUCAGCAAGAUAUUUUGUUACUGUGGAUUCGUGUGUCAAUGUGAAAUACAAAAUGCCCCCAGUGUCCUACUGGGUCCUACAGCCAGGGGGCGCUGCGUGGGCCGGAUUCUCUUAAGAGGAGUCGCAGUCAAGCACCGCAUUUGAGAAAAUAAGCAUGAGUGGCCACCAUAGCCUACUGCCCCAAAUCACUAUGAAUCGUUGUCAUUUUCACCAGGGGAAGGCCCAGGUAAGUAUUUCUAAACAGUCUUGAUUUUAUAUUCUGCUUUGUCAUUGGUUAUUUGUUUUGAUUUUUUUUUUUUUUUUUUUUUUUUUUUUUUUAACAUCAUAUUGGCCAUUUUAUUUAUGAUCGGAUAAUGGUGUGCUUCAAAGGCUCUUGCGUACUAGCGUGAAAACAUGAACUCUGUCUCACUAAACGAGCGGCCAGUUUCGAGUCGUGUUGCCGCUGUUUUGCUUACGUGCUUCGUCCCGCCAUGGUUUUCUUCAAAUUGUAUAGUAAGUGAAUUGGAUGGUAAGACCAGUUUAAUCGCUCAUCUCUCAUCAGCUCAAAAAUGUUCCAAGGUGUCUUGUUCUUGUCACUGAAUUAACAGUGUUGUGCAUUCAAAGAAAAUUUGUGCGAUUGCUCUGUGCUAAUAAAAUGUGUUGACAUUUA